AUGGCGAGCGUGAUGACUGACCGAGAAGCUCCAGUGCCAUACAUCCGAACAACCACCUUUAAGGCGGAUGAAGUGAAGUUCGAGUAUGAGCAAGCAAAGGCAAGCAUAAAGAAAAUCGAAAAGAAAGACCAGAACGAUAAGCUUGUCGAGACAACAACUGAGACAACAACCGCAAAGGCAUCUCGAAAAGUGUACCUGAAGACGUAUGGACACACAAGUGAAGAAGACGCAGAACAUGCCUUCGAGGCAUUAGAAAAAUUACAGACGGAACUCGAAGCCGAGUUCAAGGUCGUCGAGACCAACAAAGCCAACGAUGCAACCCUGUUGUUUAAAGCAACAAAGAAGAUCUUUACAGGAUCAGCUUUGACAGAAUGGAACAACAUAGUGGACGUAACAAAGACAGAUUGGGAAGCAUACAAGACGACAAUGGCGAAGUUCAUGUGUACGGUAGUGCUGAAAGAUGACGCGUACAAUGAGCAAACAAACUACAUGAGAGAAAGAAUCAAGCCGAUGGGUUUGACUACAAAGCAGUGGUGGCUGCGAUUGCAGACGAUGAAUCGAUACUUGAAGUUCUUUAUUAAGGACAUGAAUGCUUUGAAACGACACUGCGGCGGCGGCGUUAACUUCAAAGAUUGGUGGAACGAAGGUGGCUUAAGUGACACCGAAUUGAGACGGAUUGUGACGACAAGAGUCCCAUUGG